AUGCCUCCGCCACCCCUACCAACGGUGUCUUUCAAGAUAGAAGAUCUAGACAAAUCCGUCUGUUUCGAAAACGCUCAGGGGACGCCAGCAUGGCUGAUCGGAAGUGGGCAGAAGAUAUAUUGGCGAGCCUGCUUCGUGCGGGCGUAUAGAAGCCCUAACCGGAACGAGGCAUUCGACGCAUGGGACACUUGCAAUGGCCAGGCUGUGUUACCGGCAGGCAUCGAAGUCUUCAUAGGCGGGAGAGGAGGACAGAUCAAAGAGCACCGGCAGAGCAGCUGGGUCCUCAGCAUCACGUGA